CCACUCUUGUCCAUGUGUCUUUGCCUCCAUUCGAGUCAAAGCCAAAGCUUACACCAACAAUCCUCUGCCUAAGUAUUUUCCAUAUUCAUCCGUAUCAAAGCUCCUCGGCUCUUCUCUGCUUGUGCACUUGGGUAGUGUUUCAGGUCCAAGCUCAGAUAUUACAGACCUCCCCUAAACAUUUCCACCAACAAAAGAAACCCUCACCCUUUCUAGCUUCCCGGUGGAAAUAUCGAACAUAUUUGCAUACACGUUUGAGGAUAAUUGGUAUAUGUGGUUCUGAACAUAAGAAGCUAAACGAGCCUUGCAUGUACCUAUCGAGCUACAAAAUCCAAAAACCUCCCAACCCCGUUUUCAACAUCUAGCUCAAUUACGUAGUUUCCGUUAUUCUAUCUAUCUCCCCCGGCCCUCUCGAUCUCUUUCUCAGCAGCUAGCAAGGAACUAGGUCGUGAAGAGCCAUUUUUUUUAUCGACAAAUCGCCGCGUUUUUCGUUGUUAAAAGGUAAGGUGGUCCAGAAGUUUUAAGCUUUGAUUAACUUUGGAUAUGUGAUUUUCAUUAAAAUUGCUUAUAUAUACCUGUAUGUAUGUGUUUUAAUUUUGGUUUUGGGUCAACUUGGCAGGUUUCAAUAAUGCAAACUCUUUUCUCCAUGUCUGCCUGCCAACAAGUAGUUCAAAUACAGCCGAUGAUAAGAUUCCAAGGGCCGCCAGCCGGACUAUCCAUCGAUCGGUUUUUCAGUCGGAAUAAGGAUAAGGUUGUGAUAGUAAUCGGAGCUACCGGAACCGGUAAGUCCAGGCUUGCCAUAGACCUUGCCUUAAAAUAUUCGGCCGAGAUCAUAAACUCAGAUAAAAUGCAAGUCUAUAAAGGCUUGGACACCCUCACCAACAAGGUCACUGAGGAGGAGUGCAAAGGUGUACCACAUCAUUUGUUGGGCACAGUGGAUCCUGACUCGAACUUCACUGCUACUGAUUUCAAGCAUCAUGCUUCUUUGGCCAUUGAAUCGAUAUUGGAGCGUGACCGGUUACCGAUCAUCGCCGGUGGGUCAAACUCUUACAUAGAGGCACUGGUGGACGAGCACGCCGAGUUCCGGAGGAGGUACGAGUGUUGCUUUCUGUGGGUGGACGUGGCGCCGCGUGUGCUCAACUCGUUUGUGUCGGAGCGAGUUGAUCGGAUGGUGGAGGUGGGUGGUCUGGUGGACGAGGUGAGGAGAAUGUUCGACCCUACUACUGCCGACGAGGAGGACUACAGCACAGGGAUCAGAAAAGCCAUCGGUGUUCCGGAGAUGCAUCAUUACUUGUGUGGCGAAGCAUGUGGCAACGAUAAAGAAACCCAAGAGGCGCUUCUGUUGGAAGCCAUUUCCAACAUCAAGAAGAAUACUUGCACGUUGGCUCAUCGACAGUUGCAAAAGAUUCACCGGCUGCGGAGCAAGUGGAACUGGAGCAUGCACUGCCUCGACGCCACCGAAGCUUUCUUGCACCGCCGCCGCGGCCGGGAGGGAGAACUGGUGUGGGACAAGCAAGUCUCUAGACCCGCUACAGGAAUUGUCAGUAAGUUCCUCGUAGACGACCCAAUGUCAACUACAAUUCUUCCUCAUGACACCGCCUUUGUGGCUGCAACGGCCACGCCCGCCACCACCGCCAGCGUUAACUCUCUAACGGUGUCCAUGUCGGCCGUGGCCGCUGCAACACGGUAGAAGAUGCCAAGUGGGUGCGCCUUCUAUCCUCUGCUAAUGGUAAUUAAAAAAGAAAAAAUCAAAAUAUUUCUCCAUCAGAUAAGAAAUGUAACUUUCUUGUUUGGAGUUCUGGGUCUGAGACUAAGAAGAGAGAAGUCGCUAUCAGGCGGUUAAGUAAAAGCACGUAGCUUUUUACAUUCUCUGGGUGGCCGUACAGUUUGGAAGCAUUUUAGAAGUCCGUGCUGUUUCAGUUAAAAAAGGAAAGGUUGGAGGGGUUCGUGGAUUUCCGUACCCACCUGCAUGCGGUGCGGUGUGCGCGCCUGCAUCAAAUCAAUCAUCAUCAAUCAUUAGUUGAUCGAAUAAUACAAGUCGGCUGUGGUGGACUUGGGGAUCGAUCCACAGUACGUCGUACGUGCUUUUGUGAGAGACUAUUAGGGUUUUGGGUGGGUCAUUUGCUACUUUCUUUGUUACUAAAACAAGAGUGUUGAUUAAGUUUUCCUAACAUUGUGUAUUGCUAAUUUUACUAUUGGUAUAUAGAUGGGGAAUUUCC